ACGGUGGAGAGAGAAGCAGGGAGUUAUAAGAAGGAUGAGAAAUAUAUAAACGGCAUGCCAGAGUACACCGUGGAGAUAAAGGAGCACAUACCGAUCCAGGAGAGUACAGUGGUGAAGCACGCUGGGGUGACGUCGAAAGGCCGCUCAGAGUUCAUCCAAAGAAUCCAGUUCCAGAAGCUGACCCCCGGCAGCGUCAUCGCCUUCAGGGUCAGCCUGGACCCCAAGGCACAGCAACUGGUGGGCGUGUUGAGGUUUUAUUUGUCCCAGUUCAGCCCCAAGUACAGGAAGGGCAGCGUUCCAGAUGAAAACCCCCCAGAGGUGCUGCAGAAACCCCUCGCUCAGCUGAUGUCCAAGCUGACGCUCGCAGACAUGAACAUCCUGCUGUUUCGCUGUGAAGCCGAGGAACAAGAAGACGGCGGCGGCUGCUACAGCAUCCCAGGCUGGGAGAGCCUGAAGUAUGCCGGUCUGCAAGGUCUGAUGUCGGUGCUGGCGGAUAUCCGUCCAAAGAACGACCUGGGCCACCCUCUGUGUGCCAACCUCAGAGACGGAGACUGGCUCAUAGACUUUGUCUCCAACCGGCUGAUCCACAGGGAAGGACCUCUGGCUCAGGUGGGUCAGUGGUUGGCAGCCAUGUUUAACUACCUGAAGCACUUCCCUCGUUACCUCAUCCCUUGCUACUUUGAUGCCAUCCUGGUGUCGACCUACACCACGGCUCUGGACGCCACCUUCAAGCUGAUGUCCAGCUUUGUGGAGAAAGGUUCCACGUUCGUCCGCCACCUGGCGCUGGGCUCGGUCCAGAUGUGCGGCGUGGGCCGGUUUCCGGCUCUGCCUCCGGUUUCCUCCAAAGUGGGGGACGUCCCGUACCGCAUCAGCCCCAUCACCGGGGAGAAGGAGCAGUGCUGCGUCUCCCUGGCAGCAGGUCUUCCUCAUUUCUCCGCUGGGAUUUUCCGUUGCUGGGGCAGAGACACCUUCAUCGCGCUCAGAGGACUCAUGCUAAUCACAGGCAGACACGCCGAGGCGCGCAACAUCAUUCUGGCAUUUGCUGGGACGCUGCGUCACGGUUUGAUCCCCAACCUGCUGGGAGAGGGUCGCAGCGCCAGAUACAACUGCAGGGACGCUGUGUGGUGGUGGCUGCAGUGCAUCCAGGAUUACACCAACCUGGUUCCUGAGGGACAUGAAAUCCUGCGCUGCCCCGUCACACGCAUGUACCCCACAGACGACUGUGAGCCCUGCAGACCAGAGCAGGUGGAGCAGCCGCUGUAUGAUGUCAUCCAGGAAGCUCUGCAGCGCCACCUGCAGGGCAUUUCCUACAGAGAGAGAAAUGCUGGAGCCAAGAUAGACAUGAACAUGAGGGAUGAAGGGUUCAACGUGGCGGCUAAAGUCGACCCGGCUACCGGCUUUGUGACCGGAGGAAACCGCUUCAACUGUGGAACCUGGAUGGAUAAAAUGGGGGAGAGCGAGCGAGCGAGGAACAAGGGGAUGCCUGCUACUCCCAGGGACGGUGCUGCGGUGGAGAUCGUGGGCCUCAGUAAGUCUGCGGUUCGCUGGCUGGUGGAGCUGAAGGCCAAAGGCCUGUUCCCCUAUGAUGGAGCCAAGGUCCACAGAGAUGGAGCUGAGGUGUUCAUCUCAUACUCGGAGUGGAACCAGCAGCUGCAGCGAUGCUUCGAGGCGGAGUUCUGGGUGUCUGGAGACCCUAACGACCCCAACGAGAAGCGCCCUGACCUGGUACAUAAGAAGGGCAUCUAUAAGGACAGCCACGGAGCGUCCAGUCCCUGGUGUGACUACCAGCUGAGGCCCAACUUCACCAUCGCCAUGGUGGUGGCUCCAGAGCUGUUCACCCUGGAAAGGGCCUGGAAGGCUCUGGACGUGGCUGAGAAGAAACUUCUGGGGCCGCUGGGAAUGAAGACUCUAGACCCAGAUGACAUGGUGUACUGCGGCGUUUAUGACAACGCUCUGGAUAACGACAACUACAACCUGGCCAGGGGCUUCAACUACCACCAAGGCCCGGAGUGGCUGUGGCCCGUCGGCUACUUCCUCCGAGCGAAGCUCUACUUUGCCAAGAAGCAGGGUGAGGAGACGUACGCCAAGGCCAUCACGCUGGUGAAGAACGUCCUGUCUCGACAUUACACCCACCUGGAGAGGUCCGUGUGGAAGGGCCUCCCGGAGCUGACCAAUGAGAACGGCCAGCACUGCCCGUUCAGCUGCGAGACGCAGGCCUGGUCUCUGGCCACGGUGCUGGAGGUGCUCUAUGACCUGUAGGAGCCCACAGAACCAUAGAGCUUAGUAAGCUAGAACUGCCUGUUGCUGCGUGGAUCCAGCAGGAAGAAAAGUCUCGUUCUUUCUGGUGUUAGAAUCUUCUGUCCUUCAGCUUCUCACUGGUCACCACGGUAACCCCUCCGCGGCAUUCUCACUCAUUUGUUGCUUCAAAGAAUUUUAUUUCCUCCAAAAAUCCCAGUUUUGCUUCAUGUUCACGUUGUCCGGCGGCAGCCUGACGGCGCCGAUCCGCGCCUGAACAGGAAGCAGGAGCCUGGCUGACCUCAGCUCGCCGCCUGCGGUCGACGUUUCCACGCAUGUUAGGAGAAAACCUAGAAAACCAGAGAAUAGAGCCGUCCAUCUGUUGCUGUCAGCUGAGGUCAAGCAGGAAAUAGACAUUAACAUUUUACCGCCUGCGGUGACGCAGAGCGUUUCCCAUAAUGCACUGGCAGUCGAGCCGCUCUAGUUCAGUCCAUCUGCUCUGGGUUCAGUAGCCAUGUUUUCUUUUCCAGCAGUAGUCUUCCUGUUCGUCUCGAACAUAAAGAACCAGCAGGUUCUGUUAGUUUGGGUCCCUGAUGUCCUCCGACAUGUUGAAUAGAUUAGCAUGGCCGCUCAGGUUAGCAUGUAGUUAGCAUCUAGCGGUUGAUCUUUCAGUGUGGCGGCCUCAUGGAUAGACUGAUCAGCGUAACACCUGAACGCCGCCUGUCUGAGGCAGACCUUCAGCCUCUUAACCUGUCAGUGAAUCUGCUUCCUGUUAGAAUGUUCUGCUAACCGUCUGAACCACCCCCCACCCCCACCCGUUGUUUCCUGAUCAGCUCCGGUUCUCUGGCCUCCUCUGUUAGUUUUCAUGGAGUCGCUCUCAGACGCUUUGUUCCUCGUUGACACAUAGACCUGCGGUUCCAGAGGUUUUAGCAGACUGCCGCUGCCAUGCCGCGGAUGCAGACUGCCGCCAUGCCGUGGAUGCAGACUGCCGCCAUGCCGCGGAUGCAGACUGCCGCCAUGCCGUGGAUGCAGACUGCCGCCAUGCCGCGGAU